CUCCCAUCUCCUCUCACUCACCCCACAGCUCACUCCACUCUCCCUCCUCCUCCUCCUCCUCCUCUGUAUAUACACACACACGUAUAUAUACAUAUACAUACCACUCAUAUUGAUUCAAUCUAAACCCAUCAUGGCCCUCGACGCCCUCAAUUCUCCGACGUCAACCGCGACGGCCGCUCCUCCGCUCCUCCGCUGCCGGGAUGAAGCGGAGGCGGAGAAUCUCGAGACAUGGACGAAGAGGAAACGUACGAAACGACAGCGUUUGGAUGAUCAGAGUACGACCCAUAAUAAGAGCACGACCCCUCCUUCCGAGGAAGAGUAUCUCGCUCUCUGCCUCCUCAUGCUCGCUCGUGGCUCCCGCCACGACCCAUCUCCUCCUCCUCCUCGGCCGUCCAACCAUCAUGGCUACAAGUGUACGGUCUGUCACAAGACCUUCCCGUCUUAUCAAGCCUUGGGUGGACACAAGACCAGUCAUCGUAAACCGAGCCCCGGAAGCGACGACCAGUCUAAUAGCAACAGCAACAACAACAUCAGUUCGGGUAAUAACAAUAGUGCGGUCGGCGGCGGUCAGAGCGGCCGAACACAUACGUGUUCGAUAUGUUUCAAGGCUUUUCCGUCCGGUCAAGCUCUGGGCGGACACAAGCGGUGCCACUAUGACGGCAGUAACGGUAACGGUAGUAGCUACAUCCGUAACGGCGAUGGAGAUGGGGAUGAAAGAUCUUUAUGGGAAUCGGUGAAAGAAGAAUCGAGUCCGAGUCACCGUGGGUUCGAUCUGAAUUUACCGGCGGAGCUGGAGCUUGUGCCGGCGGUUUUGGCCGGCGACGACCCACUUGGAAAAAGUCAACUCUCCGGCGAUGAGGAUCGUCAUCAUGGCCAUUGAAGAUGAUACGGUCGUUGCAGUUGCUUCAGCUGUUGGAUCAGCGACCCUGUGACGAAAAUGAUUGGAGUGGACUUUGAUUAUUAUUAUUAUUAUUAUUUUAUAAAAACCAUACAUUAUCUUUUAGAGCGGAUCGCCUGUUUGCUGGAAUUCCCACUUUCCCGUAUUUUCCACUUCAUUUACUUCCGCAAGCAAUGGAAGGCCACUUGGGUUCGUUUCUGUCACACCCCCAAGUGAUAUGUUCCUUAGCCAUAACUA